AUGGCUCAGAAACAGCUAAUCGAUUCUCUCACAUCUCACAUCGCUCUCUACCACUCCCAUUCUUCUUCUUAUUCUUCCACACCUAGUAAUCCUAGGUCGGCGAUCCUCCGAUGGUUCUCCUCUCUCAGCCUCCACCAGCGCCUCUCUCACCUCACCUUCGUUGAUCCCAAGUUCGUCCAAAUUCUGCUCCAGAUGCUCGGCUACAUCCGCACCAAAGGCCGUGGCUCUUUCAUCAUCCUCCCAGACCUCCCUUCCCUCGAUCUUCCCACCCUCUGCUUCAAAAAAUCUCGCGGCUUAAUCUCCAGGGCUGCCGAGUCCAACGCCUCUGAGCGUUCUGUUUUCGACUCCACCCGGCUCUUUGGUUCUACGCAAGGAGAGGCGACUCAAAAUUGCUCCUGCUCCGUCAAUUCCCUCGACUCGGUCCUCAUGGCCGAGGAAUUUCUCACCGACGUGGAUCGUUUCGUGGAGGCUAUGGAUGCGUUAUCGAAUGGGGAAUUCCUGAGAGGGGAAGAGAGUGAUCUGGGGUCGAAUUGGGUGGAACUGGAGUGGCUCAAAGCCAAAGGCUACUAUACAAUGGAAGCCUUCCUCGCAAAUAGGUUAGAGGUGAGCUUGAGACUAGCUUGGUUGAACACCAACACCAAUAGUGGCAAGAAAAGAGGAAUCAAACUGAAAUUGAAAGAGAAACUGAAGGAUGCUGCUGCGGCAGCAAAUGCAUAUUGGAGGAACAAGGCCUGUGUUGAUUGGUGGCAGAAUUUGGAUGCCGCAACACACAAGCAAAUCUGGACUAGUUUGUUCGGCAAGUCAGCAAAACCUCUGAUAUAUGAGAUUCUCAGAGAAGCAAAUCAAGCACCCCAGGGAGAAUUGUGGCUCUUCAAUUUUGGUGGGGGCACCUCAAGGGAAGGGCGUACGGAUACUUCCGCAGCCUCAUUCUUUGACAUGAUUUUGAAACCAGACUCUACCGUAGCCAGUAAUUUAAGUGCCUUAUACCUGCUUCAAGAAUUUGCUUCAUUGCUCAUCUCAUGCCAAAAUGGUUCAGUUCCACUACAGAGUGUUUUUUUCAGCUCAUUAGCUUCUCUCACAACUUUAGCUGAUUGCAUAUUAAGAAAACUACGGGGAUUUCUUAUGGUAGCCUCUGUUGAUUCUGUUAAACUUGAGCUUCUUCAAGACAAUACUCACAAGUGUUCCCCAAGUUCAUCAUCCAAGCAGAGUCUUGGUUCGACCGGCCGUAAAAAGAAAGGAAACCCCGGCAACAUGAAUAAGCCAUCCACAGAAAAGCCUAAAUCUAAUAAAAACCUGAUUUUGUCCGAGAAAAGCCUCAAGAAAGAUCAAGCUAAGUUGGAACUUAACAAAGGCAAACAUGCGGUAGAAUUCAAGAAAGUUCCUACAGCACCAACAAUGAUCAGUUGUUCCGAGGCCUCUGCAGCAAAUAUGGAGGUUGUCCCAGGGUUAGUUGCCAGGAAAGGAACAGCUAAAAAGAAAAGGAAAGAAAAGAAUAAGAAUAAGAAGUGUACAAGUUUAGAAAGCACCGGGGAAGCGAAUAAGUCCACAGUGAAUAGUUUUGCCAUCGAACAAGUUCCCAAAUGUGAUUCAAGCUGUACUUCUGCCAGUCAGCUUCCUGUGGAAAAUAUGGAUGCUCAGAGUAUUAGAGAGCAUGGUUCAGUCAGCUGUGAUAAGAAUGGCUCAGGUACAUGUGCAUCUGUAAAUGGUGCAGUUAAAUGUGAGUGUUCUGGAGAGGAUGAAUUGCACGACAAAACUGAGACGGAUGUGAUUUCAUCUAUUUUGACCUCUGCGGAUCCUGCCGGUGGUUCAAGCUGCGAGAACUCUCAAAAAUCUCGUAAAGACAUAUUGACGAGGUCUAAUGGGCGAUCCAGAACUUUGGAGGAAGGGGAAUCCCAGUGGAUUCACCAUCAGAGAAGAGAAGCAGGUUAUGGUAUUGCCUCCAGCAGUUCAGAAUUUUUUUCUUAUGAGUGGCCUGCCGUAGCUCCCAUGUACUUUUCACAUGUUAAUGCUCACCUUCCAACUGCCACCGAUAGACUUCAUCUUGAUGUUGGUCACAAUUUGCAUCCUUAUGUACGCCAACCUUUUGUGUCCUCUGUGCAUCAUGCUAGAAAUCCUUCCAUUGAAGGUACCCACAAACAAGUUCUCUCUCGACCCAUCCCCAUGAGUCUAGAUUGGCCUCCCAUGGUUCAUAGCAACUGCGGCUUGACAACAGCAUUCGCUUGCAAUUAUGAUUCUGGAAUUCUGGUGGACAUUCCUGAACAGAAGAACAAUCCCGAGCUAGGGAAUGAAUGCGAGCAUAACUGGAUGUUGGAGGAAGAUUUUGAGAUGCACACUGUCUCUGGAGUAGACUAUAAUCAAUAUUUUGGUGGUGGAGUCAUGUAUUGGAAUCCUUCUGAUCAUCUAGGGACUGGCUUUUCUCGCCCUCCGUCCCUUAGUUCUGAUGAUAGCUCUUGGGCUUGGCAUGAAGCUGAAAUGAAGAGGUCUGUUGAUGAUAUGGUUGCGUUUUCGUCUUCUUAUAGCACAAAUGGACUUACUUCUCCAACUGCGGCUUCGUUCUGUUCUCCUUUUGAUCCCUUGGGCCCGGCAAAUCAGCCUCUCGGUUAUGUUGUGCCAGGUAAUGACAUAUCUACUAAAGUACUGCAAGCUCCCCCAACAACAAGUGAAGCUGCAGGUGAAGAGGAAGUCUCUAGAACGUUAACUAGUUUAUCAGGGGAUGUUGAAGGAAACUCAGGAGACUCACUUCCUUACCCGAUUUUGCGUCCUAUCAUCAUCCCAAAUAUGUCAAAAUCUGAAUACAAGCGUAAUUAUGAUACUAAAAGCCCAAAUGUUCCACCUACAAGGCGCGAGCAUCCUCGUAUAAAGCGGCCACCAUCACCUGUAGUACUAUGUGUUCCACGGGCUCCUCGUCCACCACCACCUUCUCCUGUGAGCAACUCCAGAGCGCGUCGAGGUUUUCCAACUGUGAGGUCUGGAAGUUCAAGCCCCAGGCAUUGGGGUAUGAGAGGCUGGUUUCAUGACGGUGUCAACUGGGAAGAACCUUGUGGAGCGGAGGUUGUUUUGCCCUGGAGAAACAAAAGCCUUGCAGUUAGGCCCAUCAUUCAACCUCUACCUGGGGCCCUCCUGCAAGAUCACUUAAUUGCAAUGUCGCAACUAGGCCGAGACCAGGAGCAUCCUGACGUGGCCUUCCCUCUGCAACCACCCGAGUUAUUGAACUGUCCAGCGCAAGGGGAAUCUCUAUCAUUGAUCCACGGUCUUCUUAAUGACGAGAUAGAUUCUUUCUGCAAGCAGGUUGCUGCAGAGAAUAUGUCCCGCAAACCUUAUAUCAAUUGGGCAAUCAAGCGGGUAACCCGCUCUCUCCAAGUUUUGUGGCCCAGGUCUAGGACGAACAUAUUUGGUUCAUCUGCAACUGGUUUGUCCCUCCCUUCUAGUGAUGUGGACCUUGUGGUUUGUCUUCCUCCAGUGAGAAAUUUGGAACCUAUCAAAGAGGCAGGAAUUUUGGAGGGUCGCAAUGGUAUAAAGGAGACUUGCCUUCAGCAUGCAGCCAGGUAUCUCGCAAAUCAAGAGUGGGUAAAAACUGACUCCUUGAAGACGGUUGAAAAUACAGCUAUACCAAUCAUCAUGCUUGUUGUGGAAGUCCCUUGUGAUCUGGUAUCCAGUAUACAGUCACCAAAAGAGGGCCCAGACUGUAUCACCGUUGACCAGGACAGCAACGGGAACACUGAAAUGGUUGGAUUUGAAGAUUCUGCAGCAGCAAACUCUAGCUCUGGAAGCUUGGCAAAUGCAAAAUCUAUCCGUCUUGACAUCAGUUUCAAAACUCCAUCCCAUACGGGUCUUCAAACCACACAGCUGGUCAAAGAUCUAACUGAGCAAUUUCCAGCUGCCACACCACUUGCUUUAGUGUUAAAGCAGUUUUUGGCUGAUCGUACCCUGGAUCAAUCAUACUCUGGUGGUUUAAGCUCUUAUUGCCUGGUCCUACUGAUUACACGUUUUCUUCAGCAUGAGCAUCAUCUGGGGCGCUCUAUCAACCAAAACAUUGGGCGGCUUCUAAUGGAUUUUCUUUACUUUUUUGGUAAUGUGUUUGAUCCUCGGCAGAUGCGUGUUUCAGUGCAAGGAAGUGGUAUCUAUAGGAAUCGGGAAAGGGGUUAUAGUAUUGAUCCGAUACACAUUGAUGAUCCUCUGUUUCCAACAAAUAAUGUCGGGAGAAAUUGCUUCCGUAUACAUCAAUGUAUUAAGGCAUUUUCUGAAGCUUACUCUGUUCUGGAGAAUGAGCUCACAUGCAUUACCAGUCCAAGUGAUACAAGUACAAAAAAGAGUAUACGCAUGCUGCUUGGUCAGCCAAAGUAUCUAGCUGAGCCUGGCUAUCAAAAGCUUGGGAGAAUCAAAGGAUGA